CAGCCCCUUUUCUUGGCUCAUAACGACUACCAUGUUAAUAUUGCAUCUCCAACACCACCGAUAUGCCGUCUCUAAUGCAGCACCAAAAAUCCAUCAAGCACUGCCCCUGACCUGCUGCGAUCCCUCUGACAGCCACGAAGCAUGCUCGAAGCCCGCCUAUCCCCCCAUCGACCAAUACCCCUGUCCCGAGUGCAGGCAGCUCUUCACACAGAAGACAUCCCUUGAAGCUCACCAGCGCAAGAGCUUGCAUGCCUACUGCUUCGAUUGCGGGAUAAUUGUCCUGUUAUCAGGUUGGGCAAUAUUCCAGUGCUGGUCACGUGGUUACCAGAUGAAGUGUAGCGACUUGCAGUUACCUAUACCAGGUGGCUUUAGAAGUUCUGUUCACGAUUUUUUGCCCUGCAGGAGGCCUCCUGCAUAGGAAGCACGCAGGGUUCGGAGUGGUCGAUUCCAACCACCGCCAGACAGCCGCAUCCUAUCAUUAGUUUCUGCAAGGAAACCGGUUUGAACGGUUGAUGAUCCGAUUGCCUUACUAUUUUUCUUUUGAGCCGCCAGCAGGACCUGCGAUAUGCUCCGCUGGCAAGAUGCAGCGUCAGCCGGAUCUGUAUGGAUGACACUUCUCUGUUGAAGCUGUCUGG